UUCCCUCUCAGUCAGUGCCCACCCCAGGCCACUCCGCACUGAAGGGCUUUUCCUCCCCCAGGGAACCAUGGCAGAGAAGAUCCUGGUGACCGGCGGAGCUGGCUACAUCGGCAGUCACUGUGUGCUGGAGCUGGUGGAGGCUGGCUAUGUCCCCGUGGUCAUAGACAACUUUCACAAUGCCAUCCGAGGGGCAGACGCGCUCCCCGAGAGCCUCCAGCGUGUGCAGCAGAUCGUGCAAAAGCCCAUCCUCUUCCAGGAGCUGGAUAUCACCAACGAGGCAGCGCUGCAGGAGCUCUUCAGCAAGCACCGUUUCUCAGCCGUGAUGCACUUUGCAGGGCUGAAGGCAGUGGGGGAGUCUGUACAGAAGCCCCUGGAGUACUACAGGGUGAACCUCACCGGGACCAUCCGGCUGCUGGAGACCAUGAAAGCCCAUGGCGUGAAGAACAUCGUGUUCAGCAGCUCUGCCACCGUCUACGGAGACCCCAAGUACCUGCCCCUGGAUGAGAACCACCCGGUGGGAGGCUGCACCAACCCCUAUGGCAAAUCCAAGUACUUCAUUGAGGAGAUGAUUCGAGAUCUCUGCAAAGCAGAGAGGGACUGGAACGCCGUUCUCCUGCGCUACUUCAACCCCAUCGGUGCCCACGAGUCGGGCAUGAUCGGAGAAGAUCCACAGGGGAUCCCAAACAACCUCAUGCCCUACGUGGCACAGGUGGCAGUGGGGCGCCGGGAAUUCCUCAGUGUGUUUGGGAAUGACUACAAGACGGAUGAUGGAACGGGCGUCAGGGAUUACAUCCACGUCGUGGAUUUGGCCAAGGGCCAUAUCGCUGCUUUGAAGAAGCUCAAGGAGAACUGCGGCUGCAAGAUCUACAACCUGGGCACAGGCACUGGCUAUUCCGUCCUGCAGAUGGUCCAGGCCAUGGAGAAAGCCUCAGGGAGGGAGAUCAAGUACAAGAUCACCAGCCGGCGGGAGGGAGACGUGGCCUCCUGCUACGCCAACCCGGCGCUGGCCGAGCGCGAGCUGGGCUGGAAAGCUGCCUUUGGGCUGGACAAGAUGUGCGAGGACCUGUGGCGGUGGCAGCUGCAGAAUCCCAUGGGCUUCAGCAAGAACUGAGCCCGUGGCCUGAGGGCUUGGCCUGGCUGCUGUGGGUGGGUGGCUUGGCACCAGCCCCCACCUGCCUCCCAGCGAGGCUGCCAUCAUCCUGGGUGCAAUUCCAGCUCCCCCUCUUGCCUCUCGUGUGGGGCAGGAAGGUGGGAGCAUCCCCAGCCUCUUCACUCCUCAUCCUCAACCCCCUCCCCCAGGUCCUUUGCAUCUCAUAAAGCAGAACCACAAGGAAGAACAGAGUCAGGGCCCAGCUUUGGCACCCAGGGCACAAAAUCCCCUCAUGGGAAGGUACAGGGGCUGAUGCCAGCCCCAGCAGGGAGAAGGUGCUUGGCUGGGCCCUGUGGCUACUGCUGGAGCUGCUCCUGGGCUCUCCCUGUGCCUUGGGAAGCGGCCGCAGCCAGCGCUUAAAUACCUGAGUCCUGUUGAGCCCAAACUGCAGAGGAAACCGCCCCUUCCCUGCUGCACCUGGACUCCAACCUGCCCAGCUCGGGGAGCAGGGAGCUUCCCAGUCUUUGGGAGGGGGGAAGACUGGGGCACCCAUAGCCCCCUCGGCUGCUGAGCCCCUACCUCACCGCCCCCAGAACCCCCAGACCAGGGUGCCACGUCUUCCACUCCCACAGGGACCACUCACAGCCCAAGGCUCCUUUCCCCCUCUCCCCAGGGAAAGAGCCUGGCUGCCCCCCACACCAAUUCCCCUGUCCCCCAGCGUGGUUUUGGGGACCAAGCCUCAUCUCCUGCCCCACAGGAAGAGCCCCUGCCCACAGCUGGUGCCUGGUUUUGCUUCCACCUUUGCCUGUGGCAGCCAAUUCCCUUAAUCACAUUGCCAAAGGCUGCCCAGGAGAAGGCUCUGCUCAGCUGUCAAAUACUGCUCCUAUUUAUUACUGGCAGCUCUAACGGCUUCGUUAGGCAGCGCUGACGCAGUUCAGCCCCGCUCUGCUGACAGCUGGAUGAAUAACUUAUGCUACUAAAUUAUGAAUCGAGCUUUU